UCUCUCUCUCUCUCUCAGCAAGCUGUAGCCUGUAGAAUGUAAAUCCUUGUUAUUAGAAGGUGAAGACAAACUAAAGAAACACUCCCUCAAACAGAUUAGAGACACAGAGAAGGAGAGAGAGAUAGAGAGAAAGUGAAAUAGUCAGAGAGGAAAAGAAAGCCAACAAAAAAGAAAGAAGGAGGAAAUAUGACAUGAAAGUGCUUUAUUCCUUAAACAGACAUUUAUUUCUCGCGAUCCUGUGAGGAAACUUCAGCACUCAAAAUCAUCCGUCAGCGUCUCCAAUGAAUGUAGAAAAUACUACAAGCCUUUUCCUUGAUGAAAAUAACAAAAAAAACGACUUCACAGUCUCCUUUGCUUUUGGAGCCUUUAUCCUCGCCCUCGUCUUCCUCCUAGGCGUCCCAGGAAACCUCUUCAUCAUAUGGAGCAUCCUGGCACGUGCCCGUAAACGCUCGGUCACCACGCUGAUCAUCCUGAACCUAGCAUGUGCUGAUGGUGCCAUCAUGUGCCUCACAGUGUUCUUCAUUGUGUACCUGGCCAAGCAGACGUGGGUGUUUGGACGUUCCAUGUGCAAGCUGCUGUUCUACCUGUGCAACACUAACAUGUACGCCUCCAUUAUGCUCAUCACAUUGAUGAGCGUUCACCGCCUGAUGACUGUGCUACAACCACAAGGUGCUCGUGUGUUCACGCGCAGGAGGAACAUGCUGAGCAUCCUUAUCAUACUUUGGAUACUUGUAUUCACACUCGCCAUUCCCGCUCUGAUAUUCAGGGACCCGAAACAGGGGGACAACAAUCGCCUGCUGUGCUUACACAAUUACACAGCUCCCAAAUAUGAGGUGUUCCACAUGAGCCUGGAGACGUUGGUGGGAUUCCUGCUCCCGUACGCAAUCAUAGUCAGUAGUUAUGUGUGUAUUCUUCGCCGUCUGAGACAGACACGAUUUCAGAGACGAGUUCGCAGUGAGAAGCUCAUCCUUGCUAUCAUCAUUACAUUUGCUGCGUUCUGGCUGCCCUAUCACAUCAUCAACAUCAUGCAGGUGGUGUCUGCAUGCUCUCCAGCGAAUUCUCGACUGAAAACAAUGUUGGAAAAUAACCUUUCAAGGUAUCGACCCGCCACCUCCUCCCUGGCCUUUAUUAGUAGCUGUGCUAACCCCGUGCUGUACGCGCUAGCAGGACGCUCCUACAUUCGUGCAGACGGACUUUCCUUCAUGGCCAGGCUGUUUGAGGGCACAUCGCUGGAGUUCAACACUGCAACGCUACGAAUUCAGCGCAAAGCGAGCAAAGCAGGAGUAACGGUGCUCGCGCUGAAGAACUGCGACUCCUGUGGAAACAACACCGACCAGAGCUAACAGACCGACUGUUACACAAAAAUGUCUUCUAUACACAUAUAUUUCAUCAAAUGACCGCUUCCUCUAUGCAAUAAUAUUCCAAACCCAGAAUGAUGCUGCAUUGCAGUGAUUCUGCCUCCAACUCCAAACACACUCACUGCUUGUGUCGAGAAUUUCAGCAGGCUUUUGUUAUUUUUUUAUAAAGUGUAUAAAUUUGACCCAGUGUGAAACCUGUGUAGAGCUCAGAGCUGGGGUUGAGCUUUAACGGUGACACACAGAAAGAUUUUCCGGCUUCCGGUCCACUAUCAUUAUAAGAGCGGCCUCUAGAGGCGAAUCACUGACGCCAUGUGCGGCUUAUUUUGACAAGAUGAGACUCCAUGCUGCACAGAGAGCGCUAUAUUAAAAUUAUAGUUUAGAAUUUAUUAUUUUUUAUAAAUAUAUAUUCACAUUUAUUUCCUUUCAGCACAUUUUCAUGUUUUUUUUUUUUUUUUAAGUUCAGUACUAUUUUACUGUCAUGUAUCUGAUCUACCAUUCCUCCCACUCACCACUAGAGUGCACCACUGCUACCAAGUCUGUGUCUUAUUUGGACUACAGUUUCCAGAAGCCGCUGUCUGGGAACUGAUUACAAACUCCUUCCUGUUCCCUGCAGGAGGAUUAUAUAUGGGACACACAAACUCAUAAACUUUGCUGUGUAUUGAAGUUCUAACGAGUUGUUUGUUUGUUCAUGCCAGCAGACAUGUGCUGGCAUGAACACACUUACGCACACUUUAUGGUCCAUGGUUUGUUUUGCCACGUCUGCUAGGUUCCAUGUUUAAUGCUCGAUUGUUUUCCACGUGUUUGACCCAGGACUGUUUACCACGUUUAUGUUUGUUUGCUGCCUGUUUCAACCAUUGCCUGUAUUUUUUUUUUCAGAUUAGCCCAUUGUCUAUUCUUGAAUAUUCCUGUUUGUCAGUGUUGACUCUGUGUGUCAUUGACUCUAAUAAAGCCUGCGUUUGUACCCCUA